GAGCCAACAAGAGCUUUCUAUGCAACUUGAGAUAUUUUCGAGACAGGCGUGGAGGCGAAGAGGAGAGUGGUGAACGAUCUCAACUCUGGCGGCGUCACACGCCUGAUGCAGGGCCUGAGCAAGCAAUUAUUUUUUUCCCUCUCAGCUUUCAGGUUUUCGACUGGUACAACCUUAGGCCACAUACGAGUGGCUCAGCCAUGCAAAGAAAAAGAAAGCCUGGCAAGCUCUGAGGGGCAGUCAGGCCGCCAGCUGGACUGCAGAAAUGCAAGGAUCCGAUUCGUCCUUUGUCUGAUUGACUUGACGCCUCAUCAGGGAGGGGGAAGCUCUGGCAGGGCGAAGCUUAAAAAGUAGAGAGCGAAUAUGUUGGAUCAUCGUGCAGCAGAUGGCGAAGUCACGCUCUGGGAAUACAAUAUAUGGCACCCCCUCACACCAGCGUGACCUU